CAGGAUUGCCGGCGAUCAACCAUUUUUGCUUGUCUAGCACUAAACCUUCCGACCGACACAGCCUCACGUUCUUAUAACUAGCUUGCAACCCCCUUUCCCCAAUAGAAUUGUACUUUAUAGCAUUCAAUUCCUCGAGCGUUCAAAUUCCUUACAAUUAAUUGUGUUUUGACCCGAAUAUACGCGCCCUAGACUCGAAUUCAUAGGGAUUGUGCAACCAUCAAUAUGGGUCAAAAAGCUUCAACCCCUCAAGCAGGGGCCAAAUUACAAGUCAUCGGUGCAGGUCUCUCUCGCACCGGUACGGCGUCCUUCAGCGCCGCCUUGAACAUUCUUCUCGACGGACCUGUCUACCAUGGUGGUACGCAGAUAACAAUGGGCCCGUCAACCGAGGUCAAAUCAUGGAUUACUAUUCUACGCGACUGGCUAUCAGGCAAAAAUCACCAGAAGGUUCUUGCCAUGAUGAAAGACCGAACAGAUGGCUACGUUGCUAUAACCGACGCUCCUGGCACUCAGUUCGUGCCAGAGCUCCUGGAGAUUUAUCCCGACAGCAAGGUUAUCUGUACAGUUCGCGAUCCUGAUGCAUGGGUCAAGAGCAUGGCCCAGAUUGAGGGAUUGGCUACAUUGUGGUUUCUACGCGCUGUUCUUCUUCCACUUCCUGGGAUGCGGCACUUUGUCGAGUAUAUCUCGGUCUUGCAAGCGCAGUGGGACAAGGUGUACAACAAUGAGCGUGCGUUUGAUAUCAUAUGGCAUCGACAUAUUGCGUGGUUGAAGGAGAUAGUGCCCGAGGAUCGUCUGGUGUUUUACGAUGUGCGGGAAGGUUGGGAGCCUCUUUGCAAGGCCUUGGGGAAGGAUAUACCUGAUGUUCCAUUCCCACGGAUCAACGACUCCAAGGCUAUUGAUCAGGUUGCGCAGUAUCAUAUUAAGCGCGGGCUAAUGAGAUGGGCGGCGGCCUUUGCGUUGGUAGGGGCUGCUACUGCUUGGUUUAUGCGCGGCUGAAAAAACCCAACAAUGAUCAUUGAAAUUGUGUUGUAGGUAGUCAACCGUGGACAUGGA